AUGCCUAUGAUUUCUGUGCUGGGCAAAAUGUUUCUUUGGCAGCGUGAAGGGCCUGGAGGACGAUGGACUUGUCAGACAAGUCGCAGAGUGGCCUCGGACCCCGCGUGGGCUGUGGAGUGGAUCGAGCUUCCUCGGGGCCUCUCUCUCUCUUCCUUGGGAUCUGCUCGAACCCUCCGAGGCUGGAGCCGGUCCUCUCGCCCUUCCUCUUCCUCCGUGGACAGUCAGGACUUGCCAGAGGUGAAUGUUGGAGACACAGUCGCGAUGCUGCCCAAGUCCCGGAGAGCCCUAACUAUCCAGGAGAUCGCUGCACUGGCCAGAUCCUCCCUGCAUGGUAUUUCCCAGGUGGUGAAGGACCACGUGACCAAGCCCACUGCCAUGGCCCAGGGUCGAGUGGCUCACCUUAUUGAAUGGAAGGGCUGGAGCAAGCCAAGCGACUCUCCUGCUGCCUUGGAAUCAGCCUUUUCCUCCUAUUCGGAUCUCAGUGAGGGUGAGCAAGAGGCUCGCUUUGCGGCAGGAGUGGCUGAGCAAUUUGCCAUUGCAGAAGCCAAGCUCCGGGCAUGGUCUUCAGUGGAUGGUGAGGACUCGACCGAUGAAUCCUAUGAUGAGGACUUUGCUGGGGGAACUGACUCAGACAUGGCUGGGCAGCUGCCCCUGGGACCCCACCUCCAGGACCUCUUCACUGGCCACCGAUUUUCCCGGCCUGUGCGCCAGGGCUCCGUGGAGCCUGAGAGCGACUGCUCGCAGACAGUGUCCCCAGAGACCCUGUGCUCUAGUCUGUGCAGCCUGGAGGACGGGCUGCUGGGCUCCCCGGCCCACCUGGCCUCCCAGCUGCUGGGUGAAGAGCUGCUUCUUGCCAAACUGCCCCCCAGCCGGGAAAGUGCCUUCCGCAGCCUGGGCCCGCCGGAGGCCCAGGACUCGCUCUACAACUCGCCCCUCACAGAGUCCUGCCUUUCCCCCGCCGAGGUGGAGCCGGCCCCCUGCGAGGACUGCCAGCCACUCUGCCCACCGGUGGGCAGCUGGGAGCGCCGGCGGCAAGCCUCUGACGUGGCUUCUUCUGGGGUGGUGUCCUUAGAGGAGGAUGAGGUGGAGCCCGAGGAACAGUGACGCAAACCAUGCCUGGCGGCGGCACGUGUCCCCUGGCCGCUGCGGGGGGCACAGCCUCUGUGCCCAGUUGUGGGCUUGAGGCUUCCAGCAGAGCUCCAAAGCCUUGGGGGGCUCCUGGGAGCACUCACUCCUCAUUGUGUGUUUUGCAUGAAAGUGUCUAGAGAGGAGGCAGGGACCAGGCUGGGGGCGCAUGUCCAGCCCCCACUCCUGGGGCUUGCCGGGGGUUGCCCGGGGCCCCUGGGGCAUGGCUACAGCAGUGGCAGAGUGAUGUUCAUGUUCUUAAAUCAAAAACGCCACAUAUUUCCUCCUCUGGUGAUGUGAACCUCUGAGGGGGCAGUUAUGACUGGGCUACGUGGGAUUGAAUGGGAGGGAGCCCGGCCUCCCCUGCCCCUCCCCCUGCCUCUCUCCUCUGCUUCUCUCCUCACCUCCAAGUCCAUGUACAGUGCUUGAUAGAAUCACCCCUACCCAGGGAGCCUACGGAUUGAGCCGUCCCCCAGGGUCCCUUUCCCAGCUGGGCUCAUCCUGUGCUACACCUCUCCAUUGUCUCUAAACCUUUUUUCUAAAGAAAGAGGGGUUUUGGUCUGUUCUUUCAGUCGGAUCUUCUCUGGGAGGCAUUGGAAUGAUGAAAGCAUGUACCCCCACCCUUUUCCUGGCCACCCUGAAGGGGGCUGGGCGCUUUCCCAGUCCCUUGUAGGAGGUGUGGGCAGGGGCCCCGUGGCUCCCAGCCCACCAGGUUGCUGCAGGGUGGAGUUGGAAGAGGACAUGGCUCUGGUUGCUACAGAGAUGUGACUUCUAUGUUCUUCCAGAGAGGGCCACCAGGGGGCCACACGGGUGGCCCUGAGCAGGGCAGGAAUUGUGCCAAGGGAGUGCCUCUCCUUGGGGAGGAAAGAGGGCAGUGCCUUUUUGUCUGAAGGAAAGGCCAGAGCUACAGUACUGGGGGCAGCCAGGGUGUUGAUGGCCAAGCAGUGGAGGCCUCUGCAGAUCCUACACUCCGUGGACAGCAGGCUCUGGAGUUUUAUGGCCACGGGGUGCAGGUGGCUACAGAUUUCAGGCCUUGUAGGCUUUGGCAGGCAGGAGGGCCCAAGGUAAGAACACGAGGUGAUGGGCACAAGCAUUCUCUAUAUAAGUGGCUCAUUAGGUGUUUAUUUUGUUCUAUUUAAGAAUUUGUUUUAUUAAAUUAAUAUAAAAAUC